AUGGACAGGCACGACUGUGCAAACGUCAAACCACGGAUGCACGGGUGUGAGAACUGUGAUAAAACAUUUUUGACCGAGCGCGAUUUGAAAAGGCAUGUCAAAAGAGAGAGUAAAGAGCUCAGAUACAGCUGUGAGCAUUGCAAUACCCAGUUUGAGGAAUUAGCUCAGCUGAAGGACCACCAAUCAAAACAUGGAGCUGACAAACGCCACAGAUGUACCAAGUGCAACAAGAGUUUUGCCUACAGAUCCAAUCUGUCGAGACAUGCAAGGACCCACACAAGCACACUCGAAACGUCUCAAUGUAAGCAGUGCAGCAAGGCGUUUAAGACACAACGCUACCUGAAAAGACUCUUGGACAGACAUGCCUCAGAGGUUUGCCCUAGUAACAUUUGUGGUAAAGUUUUCAAAUCCAGGGAAUAUCUAAAGAAACAUGUUUUGAAACAUAACUAG